UUUCAAAUCCCAGGAACAACUCGACCGUUAGAAGCCAUGGAUUUGCAGAUUCCAAUUUCCUCAGCCAUGGAAGAGAUCGUUGAACACAGUGCAGCUACUACGAUGGAUCCAGAGACCGAGUUCUUAGCUUCUAAGCAACAAACCGGCAACGAAUGGGAACUCUUCAAAGAGAAUGUCAGGCCAUUGAAGAGAGGCCGCAACGUUAAACUCCUCAACCAUUCCCUUAAAUCACAUUCCGAUAUUCACGUCAAGGAUUCUCUCCUAGAUACCAGAAGGAAUCUGAUUAGAGCAAUUGAUGAGUAUGAAGGUGAGGAUCCUCUACAUCCAUGGCUAGAUUGCAUUAAAUGGGUUCAGGAUGCUUUCCCUCCUGGUGGAGACGGCUCAGGACUGGUGGUGAUCUAUGAACAAUGUGUGAGAAGCUUUUGGCAUGAAGAACGGUAUAAGGAUGAUCUUCGUUAUCUUAAAGUGUGGUUGGAGUAUGCUGAAAGCUGUGCUGAUGCUGAAGUUGUAUAUAAAUUUCUUGACACUAACAAAAUUGGCCAGACCCAUUCUAUCUUCUACAUAUCAUAUGCUUUGCACCUGGAAUCCAACAAUAAAAUCGUAACUGCAAAUGACAUAUAUGAUUGUGGGAUAUCUAGGAAUGCUCAACCUAUUGAGAAGUUGAAAUCAGCUUACAAGAAAUUUUUUGCUCGUUCAAUGAAUAGACCAAAAGCCACCGCAGAGGAAUCAUUAGAGACCCACCAACCUGCACGGAGCUUUGGAACUGUCUUGGCUAGGGGAGGAAGUGGAAACCAGAUUUUGGAAGGUUCUGAAAUUUCUAAGAAAAGAUCACAGCAAGAAGGGGCUAUUGGGGCUCCACUAAAGGUCUUUAAAGAUACGAGCACUGGUAGUAGGAGCUCCAUGCACCAAUCGGAAUCAUUGAAGCCCGACUUGAAACCCUGGCACACUCUAGGAGCACGAGCCGAGAGAAAUAAAGAAAAUAAAGCCAUACCUGCCAAGUGGACAUCAAAUAAGAUUCCCCAGAGACCUGGUCAUAGAAUUGGAGCUGCAACUACUCCUUGUAUUGAGGUUUUUGUAGAUGAAGAAUCCUCAGAACCUCAUAACAUGGGCAGCGAGGGUGGACGAUCUUCUGCUCUGCAGCUCAAGGACAAGGUCGGUCAAGAGCUCAAAAAGGAAACGGAGCUACUGAGGGAAAACCCGUUACGCCAUUUUCCUCCGAGCAGUCUCAGAUGAUAAUUUGUAUGCUGUGAUGUAGGAAAUCUACUUUCAGGUUCAGCUUUUGCCUAUAAAGCUUGAAUAUUAGUAGCAUUAGGAUGGCAUUGCUUGCUUAUUUCCAAAUGGAUGAUGUUUCUUUCUUUGUAUUGUCGUUAUUUUGGUAUGAUUUAAAU